UGCCCACCUCUAUUGUUUUUCAUACUAUCAACAUGAGUGCCGUGAACGAUCCGCUGGAACUUUUGACGAACAAGGGCACCCACGAGCCUUCUUUCCUCUCGCCGAUAUGGAAUCCGCUGGCCUGCGGAGUGGCCGGCGUGGGCGCGGCCAUUUUCGUCAACUGGGGCUUCCGUAGGCCCGUGUUUUCCGGCAUCCAGAAGCACAUCGCCUUCGGAGCUGUGGGUGUCGGCGCAGGAGCUUACUUCGAUCAGAAGAGGAACGAGUACCUGGCCAAAAGGGACGCCGUCCUCCGGCACUACAUCGAACUGCAUCCCGACGAUUUCCCGGUGAAGGAACGCAAGACCUAUGGCCAAGUGCUGGAGAGUUGGGUGCCAGUGCGCUAAGUGGAUCUAAAUCUUUGUUGUCAAGCGAACGAUGGAAGUAGUUAAUAAAACAGCUUUAAUUGUAAAACAUAUGAACACGAAAAUGGAGCAAAUGGA